AUGCCUUCAUGCAGACCUAACAAGAACGCGCCCACCACCACGCCCAAGAUCCCAGAGCUUCGUCGACGCGCGAUUCGGCCGACAGGAGACGAGCUGGUGGCCGUCGGACCUGGAGGACUGGUGGGAGCUAGCCCGCUCUGCCUGGCCGCAUCGGCCGACCCGCACUGCGCGACUGGCCUCGCAGCUCAUAACGUCAUCUGGAAGAGCCUCAGCCCAAGGUCAACGACACCAUCAAGGACCACAGGCGACCGUAUGCAUCAUUUACGUGCCCAACCUACUCGUGGUGCCCUGGCGGCCGCCUUCCGGGAGCUCUACUACUGGGACAACGUACUGGGUGGUGCGGCGCCUCAUCCCUCAGACGAACAUGACCUCCACCAUCAAGGGCAUCUUGGAGAACUUCUUUCGCCUGCUCGACAACUACGGCAAUCAUCCAACGGCGCGGCGCUCUACUACCAUGCAACGCAACGCAAGCCCCCGUGCUCCACGCCCAUGGUCACGAGUACUUACCAGGCCACCAAGGGACGCGGGCCUUCGUGCGCGACACUUCGCCUUGCUUGGCAGCGCGACUGA